AUGUCGUUUAACCAAUUGGCUUUGUCAAACGACUCAAACACCCUUCAAAAAGGUGUCUUGAAUGAUGAUGAUACCUGGGUCCAAUCGGUGCUCCCGCUGCUUCUAGAUAGAAUCGAUCAAGUGAAAGCAGCGGUGCAUCAAGCCCAGACUACCAAUGCCAGCGGCCCUACAGCCAAAGAUGUUGAUACUAUCUCUGGGUGGUGUGACAAAAUUAGAAAACACCUCGAGGGUCAAUUCAAGGAUGGGGCGCCGUUUACGAUAUACAGACUAGCUGAGUUGGUUUUAGAACCUGAGAAAUCCGGCUAUUCACUCGCUACAGUGCAGCUGGCUGAGCGGUACUUGGCAGCAUUUUCAAGAACAAUUAUGGUUCUGUCAAAAGAAACACAUCAUUUGGAGAACGAGAAUGGUGUGCAUCAGAAAGAACCGGAUGGGAAAAUAGAGGAGGACACAGUUCCCAACAAGGCCACUCCUUCACAAUAUGAGGAAUACGAUCUUCCGAGAGAUGUGACCUACAUUUCGCUUCCGUGGGCGCAUCAAAAAGAGAAGGAGGAUACCCUGCCUUCGAAGAGACAAAAGAUAGAUAAUCAGCUUCUUAGUCCCCUUCGAGAGUCGCUGAAACCACAAUCACGAUCUCCGGAAAGAUCGGAUUCGUCAUCACCUACGCAGCCAGCUUCCACAAGUCUGGAUCUGGAUCUGUGA